UGGAAAAGGGGUUACUGACUUCUGAAGAGUAUCUGGGCUGAUUCUAAAGAACAACAGAGCCACCAGCUUUGUCUUGGUGUGUUGACAACAAUUUAGUAGUAAAGUAAUAUCACUGAGUUAGUUGUAGUUUCAGUGUGUGUGUGUGUGUUUUAGACACCAAUUCUCACCAUGGCUCUGACCAGCUCUUCAUCCAGUCGUUCCUCCUCUUCCUCGUUCCGCUCGUCAGCCUGCUACAGCAGUUCCAGCACCUACCGGUCAGAGGAGUCUGGAGGGGGGGCGGCGGACCCCCUGUUUGAGCCUUUCCUGGAGGCAGCAGGGGUGGGACCCCAAAGCCUGUUUGGAGAGGAGGGGGAUGUGGCCCCCCUGUGUCUGGCCCCCUUCAGCCGACACUGCAAAGACUCUUACGGGCACCCAGGCCCAACAAGUGGCACUGUGACAGGUCGUCCUGCCAGUAUGGGCAUGGUCAGAUCGUUGGGGGAAAGUUACUACAUGUCAGCUGAUGUCAGUCAGUUUGAACCUCAUGACAUAGUGUUGAUGGCCUACAACCACAACAUAGUCAUCCACGCUGAAAAGGUGUUGGAGGAUGGGAGUGUCAGUGAUACUUUUACCCAUAAGACCCUGCUACCGGAGGACAUGGACCCCCUGUCGGUCAGUGGCACACUGACCCCUGAGGGCAUGCUGGUGGUCAGUGUCAUGAGGAUCCCCACUAUGGGGGUUAUGGAGCCUCCUACACCCCCUGCAUACCGCUCUGAGGCACACCUCUGACUUCAGAUGGGUUUAUAUUUUCACCCUCGAGUUUUAUACAUAGAAGAGAUGGGAUGUAGUCAAACGCUAUCGUUAUUUUUUUAAAUUUGAUUUCAGUUGAUUUUUUAUUUUUGUUUAUGGGUUAAUGUUGAUUGAAGAAAAUGCAUUAAAAAACCCCAAAUGGUAUCAUUA